CCCAGGCACACAAAUUCGGCUUCUGACUUUUGUUUUCGGAUUCGUUCGCCCUCCGCAUUGCCUAGCAUUUGUAUUCAAAUUCAAUCCUUUCCCAUUCCAUAUUCCCAUUCACGAUCUUUUGUACUAUACAAGCAUGGAUUCCGUUGCACUCUUGUGCACUGUCUCCCUUGUCUUGGCCGGUCUUUAUUGGUUCCUCUGCAUUUUCGGCUCCGCCGAGCAGAAAGGAAAGCCUGCCGUCAACAUCUCCGCCGGUUCUAUCUCGGCCGCUAAGGUCCAAGACAGCUACAAGCAGUACUGGUCCUUCUUUCGCCGUCCGAAAGAAAUCCAAAACGCCGACAAUGUCCCUUCCUUCGUCGACACUUUCUACAACUUGGUCACGGACAUCUACGAAUGGGGUUGGGGCCAAUCUUUCCACUUUUCCCCUUCCAUCCCGGGAAAAUCCCACUGCGAGGCCACCCGAAUCCACGAAGAAAUGGCCGUCGAUCUCCUUGACGUCCGGCCCGGCAGCAAGAUUCUGGACGCGGGCUGCGGGGUGGGUGGCCCCAUGCGUGCCAUUGCCGUCCAUUCUGGUGCCAAUGUUGUUGGAAUCACCAUCAACGAGUACCAGGUUAGUCGUGCUAAGCUGCACAAUAAGAAAGCGGGGUUGGAUAAAGUAUGCGAGGUUAUUUGCGGUAACUUUCUGGACAUGCCAUUCAAAGAUAACUCCUUUGACGGGGCUUACUCCAUCGAGGCGACCUGUCACGCUCCGAAGCUUGAGGAGGUUUACGCCGAGAUUUAUAGGGUUUUGAAGCCAGGGGCGAUGUAUGUCUCCUACGAGUGGGUGACAACGGAGUUGUAUGAGCCCGAGGACUGCUCUCAUGUGGAGAUUAUACAGGGAAUCGAGAGGGGCGAUGCAUUGCCCGGCUUGAGGAGCUUCAGUGACAUCGCGGAGACUGCCAGGAAGGCAGGAUUCGAGGUGGUGAAGGAGAAGGACCUGGCGAAGCCUCCGGCAAAAGCAUGGUGGUUGAGGUUGAAGAUGGGGAAAUUUGCCUACUGGAGGAACCACCUUAUGAUUACUGUGCUCGCGUGGCUGGGAAUUGCACCCAAAGGGGUUGUUGAUGUGCACGAAAUGUUGGUCAAGACGGCUGGUUAUCUCACUCGAGGUGGCGAGACUGGCAUUUUCACUCCCAUGCACAUGAUUCUUUGCAAAAAACCAGACUCUGCUUCUUCUUCCUGAAUUAAAGCAACCCUCGUUUCAGUUCAUUUUGAUUCUAGGAAAAUUGAAUAAGGUAUAUUAUUCUAGGACAAUUGUUCGACUAUUCCUCUGCUUCUGAUGCAUGAAAUUUCUCCGUUUCAAGCUCAACGAUUUUCUUUACGAAGCUCCUCUGGUCUAUCGAGGACAGCUUUUUCGAUUACCUUUA